AAAACAAAAAAAAAAAAAUACGCAUCACACCAACCCCCCCCGCGACGCCUUAUCUGUUGGGAUAUGCAAGGGAGUCCAGACGCUUCCCCGAUCGAUCUGGGCCAUACAUAUACAUUAUCACUCUUGGACUGGAUUUUCUUCACCACCAUUUACUGCCUAACCGGUGACGGAGGUUGUUAUUUACUUCCCAUCCCUUCCCUUCCCUCCUGCUGGGUCCUUUCCCCAGACUUGUCGAUCUUCUUCACUUUAUCUUCUGAGAACUUCCCUCGAACUUCUCUCGUCAGCAAACACUCAUCCCCACUCACCCAUACUGGAGCUUCCCUCUACAACAUCCCGCCGCCUCUGUGGCUGUUGAACCUCAUCUUCUCGAUCCACUCUACACACAUACACACAUACAUACCAUGAAGUACACCAAGUCGACCGCAAUCCCAAUGUUUCCCCUCCAGGCCUGGAGUGGCAACGCGGCCAGUCUCAGGUCCUCUCCGAGCGAGGCGUCGGCCAACACCGACGCGGUUGCCUUCAGCUUCGAUACGACCUGGGAUGGGGGCUCACCCAUUUGCGCUCCCGCGGCCCCCCCGCCAACUCCGCAGGACUCCCUACUGGAUAUCACCCCCCGCAAGUGUUCCUUCUCGACGGCCUUUGGGAUGAGCAACGCGUGCGCUUUCCCCUCUUGGCCUAACCGACCUUCUUUGAUCAGCAUGGACACCGAGGUGUCCACCGGCAGCGCCUACAUCUCGGACGAGGAUCUUUACUUUGACUUGACCCCCCAGUCCGAAUCCGCCGUGGAAGAGGAGUCGGCCGUCGAGGAGCGUACCCGACCCGGUCAUCUGACGACCGAACAGCAAAUCCAGAUGAUGCGCGCCGCCGCUGAAGAGGACGCUCAGCGCGCGCGAUUCCUCGCUCAGGUGCAGGCGCAUGCGCGGGCUCAGCAGGCCAUGCGUGUGGCACAGCUGGCUACCGUCGAAAAGGAGAAUGCGAAGCGCAAGAAGCGUCGGGCUGUUCCCGAGCGCAAGCGACGCACUCCCUCGGCCACCAAGGCCGUGAUUCGCGCCUGAAUCCGUCUGUCGCGCCUUGUAUCAACAUUCUCCACCGUGCUCAUGCCAUGAUCCAGAUCCCGCCUUUCUGGUCGCUCCUUCACGCCAACUUUGCUAGCUGCUGCAGCGCAGUCCGCCGAUCGGCAAGCUUGCCCCGUCCGUCGACUUUUCCAGACUUCUAAAAGUGCUAUCUACCCUUCAGCCGCUUCUCACUCUGUCAUUGCCUCUUUUUUUUUUUUUUUUUUUUUUU